GCUGGACUUCUGAUUGCUCUUUUCUUCCUCUCUGCUCGUCUUCCAUCCCAACUGGUUUUAGCAGAUUAAUACAACUUGUUCCUGCUGAAGGUGGAAACAAAAAAAAUGUUCAGCAUUUCAGCGUUUCACUAAUUGAGCUAAACACACAUCCGAGUACAAGCUGACUAUAAAGGCAGUGAGGAGGUGAUGUGUGACCAAAAAGUAAACAAACUUCUCCACCAAGCACUUGCUGGCUACACGGACUGGUACUGAUGUAGCAUCAUUCUACUCAGCUGAGCAUUCAAAGUGCCUCCUGACAGCUCUCAUUCACCCAGUCGGCUUUUAUCUGAGCACUCUCUGACAUUGACACACACACUCACUCUCUCUCUCUCUCUCUCUCCCCCCUCCCCCAUGGAUGCAUUGCGAGCAACCCAGGGUUCAGUAUCUUGGUUAAAGACACUUUAGCAUGUGGGCUGCAGGCUUGAUCAGCUCUACCACCACAGCUGGCUCCAUGUGAUAUAUGAAAGGAAGAGUAAUCUGUGGGUAAUAAUCACUGGUGCAUUGACCUGGUGGUAAAGAAUGACUCUAAGCAGCCUGUUGAAAACCUUGACCCAAGAUACAACCUCCCAUGUAGAAAAUAUUUUUGUAAAAUGUAUUAAAUUAAUUUUCACCUCAGAAUUCUACACGCCAUAUCCCAUAAUGACAAAGUAAAUAAAGUUUUCUUGAAAUUCUUGCAAAUGUAUUAAAGAUAAAUGAAUAAAUGACAUGUAGAUUAUUAUUUACAACUUUACCUUUGGAGAAUUUAGAUGACAGUCCAUGAUUUGGAAAUUCACACACCUGUCUAUAUAAGGUCCCAUAGUUGACAGUAGAUGUCAGAGCACAAACCAAGCCAACCAUUUGAGCAGCAUUCCACCUUUAGAGUGGCCAGUCACACGACAGCCCACCUGGUGUUUGCCAAAACACACCAUGAGAAACAAAAUGACCUGGUCUGAUGAAUCAAAGAUUGGCAUUCAGGCCAAAGAGUUCAAUCGUCAUGCCAGAUGGAAACCAGGCACUGCUUAUCACCUGGCCUGUACAGUCACAGGUCACCCACAAAUCUGAAGGUUGGUAGUUCGAUCCCUGUCUGCUCCAGUCUGCAUGCCAAAUAUCUUUAGGCAAUAAACUAACCUCAAAUUGCUCUGUGAUGUCAGAGUAUGAAUGUGUGUGAAUGUUAGUUAGAAGCAUGUAUGUAGGAGAGGCAUAGAAAAAAAAGUUCUGCUGUGAGUGAAGUUACAUAAAGCACUUGGAGUGCUCAGAGUAGAAAAGUGCUGUAGAAGAAGCCGUUCUUUUACAGUGAAAUGUGUGAUGCAGCAUCACGCUGUGGGCAACUAGGAGACUAGUUAUCUUUCUAAGGGUAUCUCCCUUAGAGCUACGGUGAGGAGAGGGGCUCAUAGUUGAGCUGCUAUGCUGCCCCUCGACACUGCGAGGAGCCAGUUGAGGUGGUUCGCGUAUCUGACAAGGAUGCCUCCUGGGUGAGAUGUUCUGGGCUUGUCCUAUCAGCAGCAGGCCUCGGUGUGCACCAAAGACAUGCUGGAGAGAUGAUAUUUCUUGUCUGGCCUGAAAUGCAGCAGUGUUUCUGACUGGGCAGAGGGAGGUCUGGGGUUAUCUGCUUAGGCUACUGCCCCUGCAACCUGGCAACUGAUGACUGGCACUUAUAUGAACACAGAAACAUCAAGUCAGCAGAGAUAUGAAUCAUUCCUUUAUGUCAGAACUGUUGGAUUAAAAUCUGAAUAAAAACAUACUCCAGAUAUUUGAAAACUGUGUUUAGCAUUGAUCCCAUCCUGUACUUGUUUAGAUAUUUGCUUAACAAGUUUAGGAUCCCUGGUUGAUUUCUGAGAGGAGAAACAAAUCCCUUUGGGUUUGCAGCAAGGGCAUCUGCUGAGCGACCUACUGUGGUGACGCCUUGUGAAUGAAGGUCUCAGUAAAGCCAACAUGUUUGAUGAUAUCACCGGCAGCGGGAAAGCCACUUCUAUUUAUGUUCUGCAUUUAGGUGUAGGUAGGCACUGCAGUAUUCUCCUGAAUGAUGGGUGUCGCCAUUCAGACAAUACCAGCACAUCAGCACUGAUACAGGAAGAGAAGUCGAGUUGGAAGCAGAGAAACUACAGGUUUCUUUGGUUUGUUUUAGGGUUUUUCUCUCUGUUGGAUUAGCUAGCCCACCUCUACCGUGAACUGAAGUAUUUAUUGUUAUUGUGCAUUUAACUGAGAAAACCUCAGCUCACAGUUCUCCUCUACAGGUGGUUGGGGGUAUGACCUGGUGCAUCACCACCUGUAAUUUUGACAUAGACGUGGAUCUUCUUUUCCAAGAAAACUCAACUAUUGGGCAAAAAAUAUGAAGUGUCCUCAUCGCCUGGAACCCCAUCAGAUCCAAGGGUUGGAUUUUAUCCACAUUUUCCCGGUCAUACAGUGGCUGGUGAAGCGAGCCAUAGAGACGCGGGAAGAGAUGGGAGAUUAUGUGAGAGCCUACUCCAUUUCUCAGUUCCAGAAGUCCCACAGCCUUCCAGAGGAUAAAGAGUUCGUCCAGAGGAAAGACAAAGCAGUGAGGGCAGUGCUGGACGUGUUGGAAGUGUACAAACCACAGAGGAAGUACAGGAGGCACAGGAAUGCAGAGGAGCUGCUGGAUGAGGAGUCCAGGGUCCACUCCACUCUGUUGGAAUAUGGAAGCCUCUGUACUAGAAUGUCAGAGCUCUUGCUGCGAUAUGGAUUCAGCAAGCAGAGCAAACAAGACAAGGUCGAUGAGGGGAAGGCUUCACUGGCCGGUGGCUCGCAGGCAGCAUCUCAUGGGGUGGUUGACGUGUCAGAGGAAGAGGACCUGCAGGCAGUAGAGGAAAUGCGAAUUAAAACGUUGAUGACCAACAUGGCUGCCAUGGCAACAGAGGAGGGGAAGCUGACAGCAAGUGCAGUGGGUCAGCUCGUCGGGCUGCAGUCUGAAGAGAUCAAACAGUUUGCUUCUGAGUAUGCUGAGAAGCAGUUAGAGCUGUCCUCAGAGGAGCAUGAGCAUUAUGGCCCACUGCAGCAGCACCACAGGGUGGUCGCCUCAUUCAACAAACAGAUCCAGCAGAAGACUAAAGAGCUGGGGGAGCUGCAAGCCAAGCAUGCAGAGGUGAAGAUGGGCUGUGAUGAGGACAAGAGGAAACUAACGGAGGCUACAAAGGUGUCAGAGACUUUGGGGAAAGAGUUGGUGUGUUUGGAAGAAGUGGAGGAGCAGGCUGACAGGAGGCUGCUCGAUAAGCUGAGGGCUCUGGUGACGAUGAACGAGAACCUGAAGCAGCAGGAGCAGGAGUUCCGCACACACUGCAGAGAAGAGAUGGCUCGUCUGCAGAGGAACAUUCAGGAGCUAAAGUCUGCAUCAGGACAGGAUACAGAGGAAGAGAAGGAGAGGGACCAGCUGAUAGACAAACAGUACAACACAGGGAGAGAGAAGCUACAGAAGAUCCGCCUGCUCAUGGCUCGCAGGAACCGAGAGAUUGCCAUCUUGCAGAGGAAGAUUGAUGAGGUGCCAAGCCGAGCUGAGCUAACACAGUAUCAGAAGAGAUUCAUUGAACUCUACAGUCAAGUUUCUGCUACUCACAAAGAGACUAAGCAAUUCUUCACUCUGUAUAAUACACUGGAUGAUAAGAAAGUCUAUCUUGAAAAGGAGGUGAACCUCUUGAAUUCUAUUCAUGACAACUUCCAACAAGCCAUGUCGUCUUCAGCUGCCAAAGAGCAGUUCCUCAAACAGAUGGAGCAGAUAGUCGAGGGAAUCAAACAGAAUCGCAUCAAGAUGGAGAAAAAGAAGCAGGAGAACAAGAUGAGGCGAGAUCAGCUGAAUGAUGAGUACCUGGAGCUCCUUGACAAGCAGAGGCUGUAUUUCAAAACUGUCAAGGACUUUAAAGAGGAGUGUCGGAAGAAUGAGAUGCUGCUGUCUAAACUGAGAGCUAAAGGAGCCUCUUAGCUCCGACCCUUCUGUUGGUGUGUUUCAUUCUAAGUAAUAAAUAUGAUGCAAACCAGUUACUAAUCGAAUUACUUGGAUGACUUUCAUAUAAAAUCCUGGACAUGAACUGUGUUCUUCACAUGUGCCAGAUGCAGCAGACUGGACGACAUAAAUGCAAAUCAUUGUUUUAAUCACACCUUCUGUAACAUCAUAGUGUCACUAAUUAAGACCACGAUCAGCCAGUUCUACCUAAUGUUUUACAUUUCAUGGUAAACAUAACAAUAAAAAACUUAACCAGAGCUCCACAACAGUCUUGCAAAUCAUGACAUUGUGUUUAAUAAUACUGGGCAACUUUUACUAACUCCCCGCACUGCACUGACUGUGAAGUAUACGUACGUCUUUAUGCUGAUCAUGAGUUCAGGCUGCAACAGUGAAGAGAAUCCCAUAACCUGUAAUAAUGAUGGUUUUGUGUUGGAGAGUUUCCUGGUGUAUUUACAUGCCUCUGAAGAUUGUCUUCCAUGUACCAUCCAAUCACCAUGGAUGCAGUAUUUAAUGAAUAAAGAAUUGCUUAUACAAACA